UUACUGUUAUUGCCAUAUACACAUAUGUAUAUAUUUCUCCUGAGAAAUCGUAAUCACACAGAGAGAAGUGUUGAAUCUAGCGGUUUUCGAAACAUCUUUAUUGAUCUUUAUUGUGCCAGUGUUCGGAAUUCUGAACAGAUUCUAAUUGCGGCUUUCGCCGCCGAUCAUCGGUGAUCGUGGAUGACCAAUCGCGGACUGGUGCCAACAUGGCUGCUAGUGCACUGCCUGCUCGUCUUCUCGUGACAUCGCCCUUUGUCUCGAUGGCGCUCCUCUAAUCGACGAAAAGCGGGAAGUCACGAUCAGCGACCGGGAAAGAGUCUGAGAAAGAGACAGAGAGAGAAAAAGAGAGAGACGACGCUUUAAAUGGAACAGCAAACUUCAAUGGAAGACUUCAGCUAGCAAAAAUGUCAACCCGGUCGCAACUCACGAAGGAUUUAAACGAAUCGGUGAAAGCGUUACUUGGCAAGCAUGUGAAAAUAUUGUUAAAAAACGUGGUGAAAUUAGAAACAAAGCAGGAUAAGCAAGAAAAUCGUGUUCUCGUGUUUUCACCAUGUCGCCUCUUUCUAUUAUCGGCCAAAGUACCCACAAGAAUCGACUGCCAUUUUCAUUACCUAGAAAUAACGGCCAUAGAAUCGAGAAGAGCCAAUCAGCUAUGUUUGACAGUUGGAGAACGAUUUUACAACUUUACUACAACCAGUAUAGGCGCGGAUACUACAGAAGUGGAUGCCAUGAUAGAGGCCUUACAUACGGCAAUCCGAAAUAUCUUUCCUACAGUACCAUUAAAUUACAUUAUACGAAAAAUAGAGGUCAUACCAGCUAGCAGAUUGCAAACUAUAAGAGGGAGCGAGUUAGCUAGAAGUACUGAGGCCACAAGACACACAGGGCCAUGUGGUGGCUUUUCUACUCAAUAUGCAUGCAUGUGUGAUUUGCACGGUGUACCAUAUAGGGAAGAAGUGGCAUGGGACGUUGAUACAAUAUAUCUUUCACAUGAUACCAGAGAAUUAAAUCUGAGAGACUUUGAUCAUUUAGAUCAGAAGGAUUUAGUACCAAUUAUCUCGGCCUUGGAAUAUAAUACUUGGUUCACAAAAUUAAGGGCAUCUCAUCUCAAAUUAAGUCACGAACCUUUAGAUAGAUUAUUACAUGUUAUGCGAAGAUCUUUAUCCAUUCAAGAACUCUAUCUUGAUAAUCUCGGGAUUAAAUGGGAUUUCGCUCACAAGCUGUCAUUAGCUCUAAUUUCUAAUGCUAAUACGAUGCUGCAUACAAUAGAUCUAUCGCACAAUAUGAUUGAGGAUAAAGGAGCCUCUAGCUUGUGUGGGAUAAUAGCCAAGUUAAUGCAAGGUGCUACACAUUUGAGUGGUCCUAUUGGCAAGUUACCUAAAGGUUUACAGAAAUUAAAUUUGGCCCAUUGUGGAUUAACUGGAAAAGGUGUAGGUCAAAUAGCUCACGCGUUAAGCUUGAAUAGGAGUAUGCCGACUAGCUUGCGAUAUCUAAAUCUUUCAGAGAAUACCUUGAAAGAUGAUGUUAAUAAUUUGUGCAAUUUCUUGGCACAACCUAAUAGCUUAACACACUUAGAUCUUAGCGGUACAGAUACUACUUUAGAGUGUCUGUUUGGUGCAUUAUUACGGGGUUGUGCAACUAAUCUAGUCCACCUGAACGUCGCCCGAAAUUCUUUUUCGAGCAAGAAAACCAAAGAGAUACCUCCGAGCUUUAAACAAUUUUUCACGGCAACUCUCUCACUGAAGUACUUAAAUAUAUCUUCGUGCAAAUUACCAUUGGAGGCAUUAAAGCAUCUGUUACUUGGCUUGGCUUGCAACGAAAGUACAGUUGGCCUAGAGCUUGACAUGAGUGGAAAUAAUCUGGGUUCCAUGGGCGCACAUGUUUUGGAGUCGUGCAUUCACGGAGUUCGAUGUAUAGCGUCGUUGGAUAUAUCAGACAGUAAUAUGGAUGUCGAUUUGGCGCAAGUUAUAACGGCCAUAGGUAAAAAUAAGUCGAUUAAGCAGUUGUACAUGGGACGCAAUACCGCCAGUAUGAAAAGCAAGCACAUAGCUGUCGUGAUGGAUGCUCUGGUGCAGAUGCUUCAGGAGGAUGACUGCGUGCUUCAAGCGUUGCAUUUGCCCGAUUCGAGGUUAAAGGGCGAUCUCUACAAUCUGAUCAACGCCCUCGGCAGCAACACGUGUCUUCAUACUUUGGAUAUUAGCGGUAAUCAGAUAGGAGAUCCUGGCGCAAGAUUGCUGGCGAAAGCACUGCAAAUCAACAAUCAUUUACGGACUAUUAUAUAUGAUAAGAAUAAUAUCACGUUGCAAGGCUAUGCGGAUAUCGUUCACGCUCUAGAGAAAAACUGUAGCGUGCGGCAUAUGCCAUUUCCGAUUUACGAUCUACAGCCUUGUAUGAAGACUUCUGCGGAGAAAACGGAGCAGUUAGGCAAGAAAAUACAGGAUCUGUUGCAGAGAAACGUCACGCCGUGCAAAUAUAGUCACGGGCAAGCAUUCAGAUUGCAACAGGGAUUUCUAUUGAGCUCCACGCAACAGAUGGUCGACAGACUCGUUGUUCAAACUCAGGACACCAUUAAAACUCUCGCGGCAGAGAGCUGCGACGCCAACAACGAUAUCAAUUACGCGACUGGACUUAUACAAGACGCAGACAACUCUAAACAAUUACUACCGAGAUUACACGAGGUGCUUCAAAGACGGGACGAGAAUAAUCCGAUUGAGCUAAAAUUACACGAUAUGGCGAAUGAAAUUCACAAAGUUGUGACGUUGUAUUUACAGGAUUCUCUGGACGCGAUGUUGAAGUGCGCGAACGAACAAUGUCCCACUAUACUUUCACAAACGGUGAUCAGAGGUGAUGAGAGUGAACCGAUUGCAGUGCAAGAUGAUCUUCGUAAUACUUGCAAAGAGAAAAAUCAAAUCAAUAAUGAAUUCAUACACACUACUGUUACCGAACAAGCUGGCGCAGAUAUCGUUAACAGAGUCAACGAGCUUAACUUGGCGGUUGCAGCGCAUAUAUCUGAUAGAAUUACGGAUGAGGUAAUCGAAUCGUUGUCAAGAAGUUAUAAGACUUUGAUUGGUGAUUGCGAUAGUCGAACAAGGAGCAGUACACCAGAUGUUUUACGACCUAGUGCCGGCUCGAUGAGCAGUGGAAGCGUGAUAGGCGUGACUAGCGCGAGCGGUGUCUCCAUAACUCUACCUCCCGGCAGAUCCAGUCUCGUAUCCGAAGAGGAAACGCCGGAAACGUGUUCGUUGGCAAAUUCUAUCGGUCCAUGCGUCAAUGAUCAAUCACCAAUGAAAUUGGAUUAUCUUAAUCUGGCGACUCCACAUUUGUCGAACAAACGCAAAAGUCUACACGGAAGGAAAUUGAGACCCAAGUCUGUGGUAGAUUCGGUAGAAGGACUUUCCGCCGAUGACAUUCCGGAUCUCUUACCAUCAUUACCGAAAAGUCAAGCUGAAGAAACCGAGCACUCAUUGACAGAAUCCUUAGACUCCGUCUCAGAAUUGCCCAAUACUGUAGGUCAGCAGUUGCAACAUCUAGUGAAGUCCAGACCACGUAGAACGAAAACGCGAGCGCCCACGAGGCCGAUGUUGAGACCGGAUCAACCCAUCGACGGUCUCGCUCUGGGUGAGGGUCUCGAUGUAUUUUUCCGACCCACCACACCGACCACACCUUUAAUAUCACCUACGAGCGAUGACAGUUCUUUACAUACUUUUCCAACGGACGGAAGUCCUAAUCUAUCAUUGACUAGUCACAAAAGCAUUCCACCCGAUAUGGAAAAAAAGCAUAGUUGUAAUUCACCGAUGCUGAAAACACUUCUGGAACCUGCGCCGCGUUCUCGAUCCAGCGAUAAUUUGGAGAAAUUUUCCCCUCUCGUUGGCAGAAGAUCUCAAGGCGAUUCUCCGCUGACGGCGUCGCCGCUCGCUCGGAGAAAUACGACGGACAAUGCUCAAGUUCACGAGAGAUCCAAAAGCGAAACUCAUGCAAAGGAAACUUGCAACAAUGAUGCGGGUGAUGAUUCUAAACGUUGCAUGCUCACAGACGCAUCUGGCAUGAGUUCACGCAGCUCGCACGACAUCAAUGAUAGCUUUGGAAUGAGCAUGCUGGAAAGGGACCAGGAAAAUCGUAAAAAUAUCGCGAAGAAAUCCGACAUGGACAAGUCUGUCAAGCUACGAUCGACCGGUCAUGAUCUGAGAAGUCCCAUAAACGGUAGCAACGGGGGUAGCAGUACCAAAAGUACAUCCGAUUCGACUAAAUCACCGAUAUUGAAACCGUUGGUGAAGAGUAGCGGAUCUACGAGCGACGGAAAAAGCAACGGCGCCCUUCUGAAAAAUAAACCGACUCCACCGGCGACGGCGCCUAAACCGCGACCAUGGAGCAUGGCAACCGAUCGAAAAUCCGGAGAAUUUAGUUUAUUAAGUGAUGGCUCCAGCCCAAACACAUCGGCUGGUAAUACACCCGAUUCCGGCGAUGCUCUUGAUGAGUCAACUGAUAGCGGUGUCAGCGGUCCAGCUUCUUUGCCGCCAACGUUAUCGGCAAGCAGCACUGCGAGUUCAUUGAGCAACACGAGCGUCGAAAAGAGAUCGGUGAGAGAAUUGGCGGCGAGCUUGAACAAGAGCAAGGCUGACAAAAAGGAGAACGAGCAUACCGCACCUACAGCAUGGCGGUCGCUGCUUCAACGCUCUGUCGACCGAGCAGAUAUCAAGGUAACGGAAGUGCCGAAAAUGGUUGAAGAUAGUCGUCUCAGUUUUAAACUUCGUCGCACGUCAUUUUUGCGCGAUUCGAAUUUCAACUAUAACAACAACGAUGUCGUCGACGUUUGAUCGUGCUGUGACAGGUGAUCUGCAUUACGCAUUAUGCCGAUUAAAAGUAUGCCGAUAUCUGGCACAUGAAGUAAUUUUUCGUCUUUCGUGCCAUAAGGGAAAUCUUAAAUUGUGUACAUAAGUAUAUAUAAAUACAUAUAUAUAUAUAUAAUAUUGACCGAUUUUAACUUUAGAGACAGGGUACUGAAAGUUUUUGCAGCGACUAAAGUACUAAUCUCUCUCUGCUCUUAAGGUGUGGCAUUAGAGGAUCUUAUACUAGUUUUAUACGAUGUUGCGUUUUUACGCAGCUCUAUUUCGACUUGGUCGUAUUCACGUAUUAUUAUCCUUACGCUUCGUUAUACAUUUCGUAUGUGUGUACCAAUCUUAAUUAUUUUUAAUUGCGUUUCAUUUUUUUAGAUAUUAUUAAGAUAUUGACUUUCGGUCAAAAUAAGUGUCAUUCCUCAGUCAGAUUCUUAGUGAGCAAUUUAUUACACUAAGAUAUUAGACAGAAAGAGUGUUAUAUUCUCUCAAAAAUUUUUAAUGUGUAUUUAUUUAUAUAUCAUUUAUCUAUGUGCUUUAACAGCGCGAAAAUGUCUAGAAUAGACGAAACCACAUCACAGUUUUAAUGGAAAAUAAUCUGAAUCGAUUUUAAUUCAAUCGUGUAGGGAAUGUUGCAAGUAGCGGCAACUUAAACUAGCAUAAUACGUUGAAAGAGGUGUCUUCCAAGAUAUUGUGUAACAAUUAAUAUUUUGUGCGCAUGUAUUUUUCAUUUAUAAGAAUAACGUCCACAUUUUGAUUCGUAUUUUUUUUAUUAUACGCGACUUGUUUUUAAUCUGUGAUUAAUUUAUAGAAAAUUUACGCGAGAUCUUAUCGUACAGCAUAAUGUUUUUUAUUAUAUAUAAAAAGAAAAUUGAUUUUAUAGUUAAAUUUCUGCUCGAAUUCUCAAAGGCAGCUUUUUCGUAUUUAAUUAUUUGUCUGUGCAGCUAAUGAUAGAAUUGAUGAUGAUAAAACGACAAACUCUUUAUUUUAUCGCAUACGGAGAUGUCUAUUAUGUCCAUUAUUUUUAUUAUAUAUGGAAGCUCUAAAAUGGAUCUCUCAACUUCUAACAUCGUGAUAUCUGAAAUUUUUUCACUGCAAGAAUUUAAAUUGUAUCAAAUGAGUAAAGCACGUUAAAAUAAUCAUUACAAUUAUAGAAUUAAUCAUGGAGAAUUUGUAUAUGUGAUUAUAGCUCGCGUUUUCGAUACAUAUUGUGUGUGUGAUAGAGGAUAUAAAAUUCUCUCAACGUUCAAUUGAAUGAGACUAACAAUGCAAAAUUAUCUAUCGGAAUUCUUCGUGCUGCGAAUUUUUCGAAAGCAUUUUUUUGUAAUAAAAAAAAUAGAUGUUCUUUACAAUUCUGAUGAUAAAGAUCAGUACAGUUUAUAUAAUCCUUGUAUCUCAAAGAUGCAUUUGUCUUUUUAUAUUGUGGCAAACGCGUGUACAUAUAUAUGUAAAAAACUAAAAUAAAGAGGACUUACGUAUAGAUGAAUAAAAAAAGAUAUGCCCGCGAUUGAAGAGAGGCGACGCGAAAAGGUCUCAAAAACGCGUCUUGUGAAUUUUUUUACCGCUUAAUUGUUAUCACGCGUAAUAUAAUAUUGAUAUCGAUCCCUUGCUACAUGUGAUCACAAUUGUAGUUUAUCAUGACGUGUUUAUUAAACGGGGACUAUCUCCUCUGACUGCGAACGAGCAUCACAUAUUGAAGCAUCACAUUAAAACAAAAUUUGCGUGCAUAAAUUUAUAUCUGUGUAUGUGUGCGCGCGUGCGAAACAUAUUUAUAUCGAUGAAACAUGAAAAAACGUGAAAAAACGUGACAUAUGCGUGACACUGUCAUGUAUCUCUACGGAUCUAUAUAAGAUAUCUUUAGGCGUUAGAGCCGUUGGUCCUAAGAAACGCGCGUACCUCUCUUAAUUACGUAUAUAUAUAAUAAAUUAGGAAAGGACGCGUUUUGUUUGUCGCUAAAAUCUUGUAUGGUCUACUAGAUAAACGUAAGGAAGUUUUUCGUAUAUAUUAAUCUAAUCCGAUUCGCGAGAGGCGAAGCUACUUGUAAGACGUCUUGCGAUAUUUACUUUUAGGCACAUUUCUGACAAUUUAUCGAAUCUGUCUUAGAACAGAAUAAUAUUCCUACAGUCUCGUGUAACCGACUAAAAACUUACACAUAUAUUAUAAUAUAUAUAUAUACACAUUUACUGUGUGCGCGUUACAAAUAAUUUUUAUAUAAAAUAUACGUAUGCGCGGUAUUAUCUUAUUAUAAGGAAAAAAAAGUAUGUAUUUGGAAGGGAAAAAAUUGACAUUCUCGCACAUGUAAAAUGACUCUGCCGAGUAUUGUGCCAAAAAGUCUAUAGAGUGCACAUUGUUUAUACAGUGAAAAAAAGAAACAAAACAAAAAUUAUCAUGCGUUCCAUUCUCGACAAGCUUCUGCAUCAUUUAUAAUCGCAUCAUUUGACUCUUGCCUGCAAAUUAUUCGUAAAUAUAAUUGAAUAGCAUUGUAAAUAUAACUGAGAAACUAGCGAUUCGCCUCUCAUUCCAUAACGUUACUUACUAAUGAACAAAGUUGCGUUACAUUUACUCGUGUAUAUGUGUGUAUAUAUAUUUAUACACACAAUCUAUAUAUAAAGAGAGAGAAAGAGAGAGAGUGAGAGUGAGAAGAAGAAGAAUCAUGUGCGUGUGCAUGACACGUGUGUGUAUAUCGUAUAUAUUUAAAUCUUCCCCGAUACACAUUCCUGUAUACAUAUACGAGAGAGAAAGAGAUACAUUCUAUAUACAUACAAUGCGAAGAUACACAUGACGUAUAGGCCGAAAUAUAUUGUAGAUAUUAAUAUCAUCGCAAAAAUGUGUAAUUGACGAUGUUAACAUUUGCAGUCUAUUUUGGUGGAUAGCAUAAUAGAAGCGCGAUAUAAUCCGUUAACGAAAAUAAAAUAACUCGUAUCCACACAAAAACAAAAAGGCGUAUAUGUGUGUAUAUAUG